AUGACGAGUGCUGUGCAGUGCAGAAAGGGAGUGAAUGUGUUAGAUCAUUAUUAUCGCUCCCACAACACUGCCAAGAACCUAACGGGUGACGUAGCCGCCGACUCGUACCAUCGUUACAAAGAGGACAUCGGCAUAGCAGCGGACCUUGGCUAUAAUGUGUUCCGAUUUUCAAUAUCCUGGACAAGGUUAUUACCUAAUGGGAGAACGUCAAAUGUCAACGCAAAGGGUGUUCAGCACUACCAUGACCUUCUAGCCGAGCUCAAAGCCAAGAAAAUUGAGCCCCUAAUAACAAUGUGUCACUUCGACUACCCUCAAGUCUUCGAGGACGAGUUCGGAGGAUGGCUGGGCGAUGAGAUGCCAGACGUGUUCGCAGAGUACGCCGACUUUGUCUUCAAUGAGUUCGGCAGCGAGGAAACACCCACCACAACAAGACAGGAGAGGGAUCGGGUGGAUGAUGAAAUAAAAAAUCUGGUGCCUUCCAAUGCAAUGGAUUGUCAGGUCAAACAUAACAUGCGGCUGACAAUGAUGGAUGUGAAAGCAUGCAAUGCUAUUACUGACACUGACUCGACUCAGAGGUGUUACGUAUGCAAGGCAACACAGUCUCAAUUUAAUAAUAUAGAAGACAUGAAAAAUAGAGAAAUAGAUGAAAGUACAUUGCAGUAA